AUGGGAGAUUAUGAAAAUGUUAAGUAUCAUCCAGAUGUUUACAAAGGAAACAACUAUGUUAUUCAAUUCAAUCAAAUUAAUGAAGCUUAUAAUGUUGUGAUGAGCUACUUGAGGGGAGAAGAGACGAACAUGAUUGGUGAUCAAUGUGAGUCUUCGUACGAUUACAACGAUGCAGAUGAACUGAUGAGAGGAAUGUGUGAUCCAGAUUGGGACAUGUGGGAAGAAUGGAUGGGACGGGAAGUUGCUGGAAUUCGUGAUUACUCUUCUCACAUCAACCCUUACAUCUAAUCUCA